AUGGCGUUGAUGGUAGUGAUGGAGGCCAUGUUACGAGCCGCUCUUAUUAUGAUGUCCGUGUUACCUGAGGUUGAACGAGCCUGGGGACAGAGGGCACCAUGUUAUGAAUGUGAAGUUUACAAGGACUCGCAUCCGCAGUCAAGACCCUACGAGGAGAUUCGUUCUCACUGCUCCUACCCCUGUGAGUGCCCAUCGCGACAACCCGCGUGUCCUGAGGGAGUCUCGGUUGUGCGGGAUGGCUGCGGCUGCUGCGCCAUCUGUGCGCGUCAGCAAGGAGAGCCGUGUGACGGCACAACGCUGUGCGACGAGAAGCGUGGCCUCGUCUGUCAGUACCCACACCACGCUGCCGUGAAGGGCGUCUGCCAAGCGAUCAAGGGGUUGCCGUGCAGAGUGUACAAUAAGACGUACGACAAUGGAGAGACCUUCCUCCUCGACUGCCGGACGCAGUGCGCAUGUCAG